CCCUUCACCUCCCCAAGUGUAAGGCACCGCUGCACCCCCGCCCCGCCGGCCGCUGCCCACAUUCCCUCGGCCCCGGGGGCACGGCGAACCCUUGGCAGUGCGGCUUUAUGGGCCCCCUUUAAGGCCGGCGGAGGCAUCUCCCGGCCAGUGUGAGGCGUCCCAUCAGGAGCAGCGGAAUCGCCUCGGAUCCCUCCGCGCGGUUAUCUCGCCCCCAUCUGGCUCCCUCUCCGCGCAGUGGCGUGGUGCGAAAAUGCCUCGCCGGGGCGCACCGAGUCGGCAGCCCCGGCGGCGGCGGCGGCGAGAGCGGUGGGAGGGGGCCGCGGGGGGGGCGAGGUGAGAGGUGGCGGGCAGAGGGUGUUUUUUUUCUUUUCCCUUCAGAGCGGGGGUUUGUAAACCGAAGCCAAAGAGUGUCCCCGUGGGCCGGGCGCACUUUUUUUUCUUGUCCCGGUGCGCACAGGGCCGCCUGGUGCCUGAGAGGAAACUGGAGGCAGCAGGGCAGGUCACCCGGGGCGUCGGCGAUUAAAUUGCGGUCGAGCCGGCUCGCGCAGAGAGAGGCCGGGAGGGCGGUGAGCGUGGGGGCUGGGUGAGGCCCCGCGACCCGCGAGAGAGACGGCGCGAGGCCGAGGCGGCAGGCUCGAAAGCCGGGCAUGAGCGCCCAGUAGACGAGCGCCCGCGGCUGCCGAGCCUCAGAGGCCACGCGCGGGCGGGCGGCAGCAGCAGCAACGUAACCCGGCGGCCCCAGCGGCGUGAGCAGCCGCCCCAGAGGCCCCCGCGGCAGUGCAGCCGCGCAGAGGCGCGCUCCCUGCCUGCUCCGCUCCGCCCGCCCGCCCGGGGCCGCCCUCCCUCGGUCCCCGGCCGCCGCCGCCCCGAUGAGCUCGUACUUCGUGAACCCGCUGUACUCCAAGUACAAGGCGGCGGCCGCCGCGGCCGCGGCUGCGGUGGGCGAGGCCAUCAAUCCCACUUACUACGACUGUCACUUCGCGCCUGAGGUCGGCGGCCGCCACGCCGCUGCCGCCGCCGCCCUGCAGCUCUAUGGCAACAGCGCCGCCGGCUUCCCGCACGCACCCCCGCAGGCGCACGCGCACCCGCACCCGUCGCCACCGCCCGCCGGGCCGGGUUGCGGUGGUGGGGGCGUCCCGGGCCCGGGCCAAGACUACUUCCACCCCGGCGGGGGCAGCCCGGCCGCAGCUUACCAGGCCGUCCCCCCUCCUCCUCCGCAUCCUCCGCCUCCGCCUCCCCCCUGCGGCGGGAUUGCCUGUCACGGGGAGCCCGCGAAGUUUUACGGAUACGAUAACUUACAGAGACAGCCGAUUUUUACGACCCAGCAAGAGGCCGAGCUGGUACAAUAUCCUGACUGUAAAUCGUCCAGUGGUAAUAUUGGCGAGGACCCAGACCACUUAAAUCAGAGCUCGUCUCCUUCUCAAAUGUUUCCCUGGAUGAGACCACAAGCUCCUGGUAGACGAAGAGGAAGACAAACCUACAGUCGUUUCCAAACCCUGGAGCUGGAAAAGGAAUUCCUUUUUAACCCUUAUCUGACCAGAAAGAGAAGAAUCGAGGUUUCCCACGCCCUAGCCCUCACCGAGAGACAGGUAAAAAUCUGGUUCCAGAACAGGAGAAUGAAAUGGAAAAAGGAGAACAACAAAGACAAGUUCCCGGUUUCGCGACAAGAGGUGAAGGAUGGGGAAACUAAAAAGGAAGCCCAAGAGCUGGAGGAAGACAGAGCUGAAGGCCCAACGAAUUAAAUUCUACCUUUAAAAUUCUACCAUUGACUAUUAAAGCUAAUGAUCAACAUAUGCUGGUGGAUACCACCAAUUUUCUUGUUGGAAAAACUACCUGUAUUUCAAGCUACCUUCAUGUCACUGCUCUUGAGGUUUCUGCUCUUUGAGAGGGAUUUGGGUGUUUAAAAAGUUUCUAGUGUGAUAUAGAAGCAGCACUUGAGCUGUCCUAUAUAAGGGUAAUUUGAUCUUACCUUGUAGCGAUAUUUUUAUAAUGGUAGUUUUUUAAUGUCUGAGCUAGUGAUUUGCCUCAACAACAUAAACUUCCUAAUGAUUAGCACUAAAUAAUUGAAUAUAAAAUGCUUUAUUAAUCAAACAAGUGCACUUGAACAUUUUAAAUCUUUUCUUUAUGGUGAGUAAAUUAAAAGAAGUUUAUUAA